AUGUCGGGCAUCUUCAAUGAAAAAUAUAAACUAGACGAGCAGGUCGUUGACUCACCAUCAAGUGAACUGGACCAUGGUAUCGUUAAAGACUGGGAUAAGGAAGAAUCAGCUGUUCGACGGAAAGUCGACUUCAUUCUACUUCCCAUUCUUGCAGUCGCCUUCUUCGCCUUGCAAAUGGAUCGCGGCAAUAUCAGCGCCGUCUUAACAUCGACAAUCACCAAAGACCUCAAGAUCACAACCAAUCAAAUUAAUGUCGGAUCACAACUCCUCUCCGCCGGUAUUGUUCUCUCGGAGAUCCCGUCCAAUAUCAUUAUGCAGCGAAUUGGACCCCGUGUCUGGUUAUCGGGUCAGCUGUUCGCAUGGGGGCUAGUUGCAACCUUCCAGGCCUUUGUGAAGUCCUAUCCUGCGUACCUGGUGACGAGGAUUUUGUUAGGACUCUGCGAGGGUGGUUUUAUUCCUGGCGCAUUGUACUACCUAUCCACUUGGUAUAAGAAAGACGAGACUAGUCUCCGCACCAGUUUGUUCUUCUAUGGGCAGAUGUUUGCAUCGGCAACAUCAAGCUUGAUAUCCGCCGGUCUGCUUCAGCUGCAUGACACCCAUGGCAUGGAAGGAUGGAGGUGGAUUUUCCUGGUCGAGGGACUGAUAACCCUGUUUAUCGCAAUCGUAUUCACUCUCCUCGUGCCCGCAUCGGCUGGAGAUGGCCGUCCAUUGCUUGCCUUUGGUCGCUGGAGCUACUUCACCGAGCGCGAGUCGCACAUCAUCCGCAAUCGCGUUCUGUUAGAUGACCCCCGGAAAGCUAAAGGCCAUAUCCAGAUUUCAGGCUCUGAUAUCUGGCAGACCGUCAAGCAGCCGCGCAUCCUGCAACACGUUUUCGUGACUCUGGUGUCCAUGUCUGGUUUCUCGGGGUUGACUCAAUACACACCUAGUAUGAUCAAAGGACUAGGCUUUGGUGCCGUGAAGGCAAACGCAUUGGCUUCGGUUCCCGUCUACUGUAGUAUGAUUUGGCUGAUAGUACUAUCUUUUGCUGCGGACAAAACGAGACAUCGUGGACCUUUUGUACUCUUGGCUAUCACUUGGAAUGUGAUUUCCUACGCUUGCCUCCGCACAAGUAACCCCCACGCUUCGCAAUGGCACCGGUAUGGAGUUAUUGCCGUUGCUAAUAUCUCCUAUUGCAGCAUGCAUAUUUUAAAUGUCGGUUGGUUAUCAUUCUCCUGCCGCACACCCCAAGAACGAAGCGUUGCCAUGGCUUUGGUGGUCAUGGCUGCCAACUGUGCUGGUAUCGCUGGCUCACAAAUCUUCCGCACUUCCGAUGCCCCAAAGUACCUGCAUGGUCUUACCGCAAUCACAUCCCUUGCUGGUGUCUCAUGGGCUCUCACUGCUGUGCUUUGUAUUCAAUAUUAUUUCCGGCGGCAAAAAGCGGUUCCUUCGGAUGAUGGGCCAGAGGCGAAAGCUUGA